AUGUUUGGGGCAAUAUGCCACCGGCGUCUCAAGGAUAUUGUGCGGGACGCUAUUUCGGCAACGAAGUCCCUGGGUUAUCGCUAUCUCUGGGUUGACAAGCAUUGUAUCGAUCAAAGCAAUGAAACAGACAUCCGACGACAGAUAUCUCAGAUGGGGAACAUAUAUGCUCAAGCAGAAGUCACUAUCAUCGCCGCUGCUGGGCAAGACGCAACAUAG